AUGUAUAUGAUGUCGCAAGAAACUGAUCCGGAACAGAGUCCCGAACCGAAGCAGGAAGAUGAGCCAACUGGCAGUUUCCUUUGCCUGCACACAUCGCCGCCUCUUCACAUCGCCCUGCACGGCAUGUCGGCCCUCACCCACACCCGUUUGUCUAAGGCCGCCUUCGAUCUCUGCCUGGAACUGCUGGAGGCGGGGGUCAAGCCGCAGGCCUUGGCGGACAUAGUCCUGCACAUACUGGAGUUCAAGGAACAAUUGGAUUGAAUCAUUUUCCACCGCCAUACAACUGAAACUUUCCUACAGACACCUGAUUAGUCUUAUCACAUCCGACCUGCUCAACUCAAACCACAACCCUGGUCGUGAUCACUCAAUAAAAUCCCUUAUUUGAUAAGCAA